UAAUGGUUGUUUUACAUAAAGAAGAGAACCACAAGAACAAUUUCAAGCUAUAUUAUAAGGAACAAGCUGAAAGUGGAGUAAAUGGGUUUUGUUCUUAUUGUGAAUGAUGAUAGUAUAAGGUCAUUGCUGCAUUCGUAUGAUGGUAAGGAAGUAUAUGAUUCCGUUCCUAACAUAUGUUGAAGUGGAAGAUGAGGCUGCAUCAAAGGCGACAAAAUCGAGAUUUGAAGAACAUACAGAAGACCUUGAAACACCUCACUCAGAUGACGAUGAAGACCGGAUGUUUGGCGAUGUCACAGGAAUUAGUGAUGACGAGCUUGAAGAAGUGGAAGAGAUUAGGAAGAAUGUUAAAGAGGUGAAAGAAAGGUUAAAGAAGGGUAUCUCUCUUACCUACUUAGAUAGUCAGUUUGAUCCUGAUAAUGAGCAACGUAAUCUACACAAAGAUCAUGGCAAUGAUGAUGGCAGUGAAGAAGGAUUUAGAUCGAUGAGAUGGGUUCAUAUGAUGAUACAGAUAGUGAAGAUGACGUUGUUGAUAGCGGUUUGAGGAGAAAGAGUAGGCUAACAUCCUUCAACACCAACACAGAUAUACCUUAUUUCGAGCUAGGAAUGACCUUUGUGGCAAUGGACGAGGUCCGGAAAGCUAUCACAAAUCAUUCUAUUAAGGGAAAAAAAAAAGUACAGUUGAAGCAGAAUGACACAAAGCGCAUCAGAGCAGUUUGUAAGUGGAAUGGUUGCCAAUGGACACUAUUUGUAUCAUGGGACAAGGCUUUUGAAUAAUGCAACUCCACAUGCCCUUGAUCCAAUUAAAUAAUGUACCAAAUCCCCAAAUGAACACACGUGCCCAGAAUAAUGCCCUCUUGUUUUA